ACCCUUUUCCUUCCUCCCUUUCGCCCGCCCAUCGCUGACAUCCUCCUCCGGCCGCCUCCCCGCCCCGGGCUGCGCGGCCCCCGCCGCCCCAGCGAGCGCUGCGCACAUCGCCCGAACUGCAGCACCGAGCGAAUGUAUGAAAACAUGUCCACAAUGGUGUAUUUAAAGGAAGAGAAGUUGGAGAAGCUUACUCAAGAUGAAAUCAUUGCUAAAACUAAGCAAGUGAUUAAUGGACUAGAGGCACUGAAGAAUGAACACAAUUCAAUUUUACAGAGCUUACUUGAAACAUUGAAAUGUUUGAAGAAAGAUGAUGAAACUAAUCUGGUUGAAGAAAAAUCAAACAUGAUUCGAAAGUCACUGGAAAUGCUGGAGCUUGGCCUUAGUGAAGCACAGGUAAUGAUGGCUUUGUCAAAUCACUUAAAUGCAGUGGAAUCAGAGAAGCAGAAAUUGCGGGCUCAGGUUCGCCGGCUGUGCCAGGAGAAUCAGUGGCUACGGGAUGAACUCGCCAAUACACAGCAGAAACUACAGAAGAGUGAGCAGUCUGUGGCUCAGCUGGAGGAGGAAAAGAAACAUCUAGAAUUCAUGAAUCAAUUAAAAAAAUAUGAUGAUGAUAUUUCACCAUCAGAGGAUAAAGAUACGGAUUCCACCAAAGAGCCUUUGGAUGAUCUCUUUCCCAAUGAUGAAGAUGACCAAGGACAAGGAAUUCAACAACAGCACAGCAGUGCAGCAGCUGCUGCCCAACAAGGUGGCUAUGAAAUUCCAGCAAGAUUACGGACCCUACAUAAUCUUGUUAUCCAGUAUGCUUCCCAAGGUAGAUAUGAAGUUGCAGUACCUCUCUGUAAACAAGCUCUUGAAGAUCUGGAGAAGACUUCAGGUCAUGACCAUCCUGAUGUUGCCACUAUGUUGAACAUACUUGCUUUGGUGUACAGAGACCAGAACAAAUACAAAGAUGCAGCAAAUCUCCUGAAUGAUGCCUUGGCCAUCCGUGAGAAGACUUUGGGCAAAGAUCAUCCAGCGGUGGCAGCAACUCUGAACAAUCUUGCAGUACUCUAUGGUAAACGGGGAAAGUACAAAGAAGCAGAACCGUUGUGUAAGCGAGCUCUGGAAAUCAGAGAAAAGGUCCUGGGGAAAGAUCACCCUGAUGUUGCCAAGCAGUUAAAUAACUUGGCUUUGCUAUGCCAGAACCAGGGUAAAUAUGAGGAGGUUGAAUAUUACUAUCAGAGGGCACUUGAAAUCUACCAAACUAAGCUGGGACCAGAUGAUCCAAAUGUUGCAAAAACAAAGAACAAUCUGGCAUCCUGCUAUCUAAAACAGGGCAAGUUUAAACAAGCGGAAACUUUAUACAAAGAGAUUCUUACUCGUGCUCAUGAACGGGAGUUUGGCUCUGUAGAUGAUGAAAAUAAGCCUAUCUGGAUGCAUGCAGAAGAGAGGGAAGAAUGCAAAGGAAAGCAAAAAGAUGGCACAUCUUUUGGAGAGUAUGGUGGCUGGUACAAAGCUUGCAAAGUUGAUAGUCCAACAGUAACAACUACUUUAAAGAAUCUUGGGGCACUUUACAGACGACAGGGCAAAUUUGAAGCUGCUGAAACAUUAGAAGAGGCAGCGAUGAGAUCUCGUAAACAGGGUCUUGACAAUGUUCACAAACAGAGAGUGGCCGAGGUGCUGAAUGACCCUGAGAGCAUGGAGAAGCGGCGGAGCAGGGAGAGCCUCAACGUGGAUGUGGUAAAGUACGAGAGUGGCCCUGAUGGCGGCGAGGAAGUGAGUAUGAGCGUAGAGUGGAACGGGGAUGGCACUGGAUCCCUAAAGCGCAGCGGUUCCUUUAGCAAGCUCCGCGCCUCCCUUCGGCGCAGCAGUGAGAAGCUGGUUAGGAAGCUGAAGGGAGGAAAUUCCCGGGACACUGAACCAAAGAACCCAGGCAUGAAGCGUGCCAGUUCUCUGAAUGUUCUUAACAUGGGUGGCAAGGCUACUGAAGAUCAUUUUCAAGAACGAAAUAAUUGUCUGACAGACUCGCGAGCUCUGAGUGUCAGUCAUUCUGACCUGGCGCAUUGAGAGUUGGGACAGAAGCUAGCUAAUAUUCCUGUGUGAAUAAAGAAGCACUGAGACCUUCAAAGCUUUGGUUCCUCAUCCUUGUCUAUAGGAACACCUAGUUUGUAGAUGUUGUUGGUUUUUUUCCAAUGGACUGCUGGUUUUACUUUUUAAAUAGGGACAACUUUAAACACAGCAUUAGUGAGUGUUUUCUUCUAAGGGAAAACUAUAGCUAGGUAUUGCUCAUUGCACUGCCCCCAUUCAUGCUACUUACAUAAAUUUCUUUAAUAGAUCUGACUAUUACAGCAAUCAAAAAAAAAAAAAGAG